AGGAGGCCGAGCUCGACCACCCCGCCAGCAACUUCGAUUGCGCAAGGUGCAGACGGAGCACAGCGAUGGGCAAAAACAGAAAAUCCAAGCGGCAGCUGAUCCGUGACGAGAAGCGCGCCAAGAAGCGCAAACGAGAGCUCGCCGAUGACGAGGAACGCGCAGCGAAGCGGCAGCACCACGACCGCGACGAGACGCUUCUAGAUUCCGGAGGGCUCAACAACGACUACGACCCGACCGCCGACUUCAUUCCCUUUGACGAUGACGAGUCAUCAGCAAGCGCCGCGAACGGCAACCGCGGCCCCCGCGGCGGCAACUUUGAGCGCGAGUUCUUCGGCAUGCUCGCCGACCAGGAACAAGAAUACUUCCGCCACGCCGACGAGCUGCUCGAGCUGAACGACUUCCCCUCACCCGAGGACCGCCACCUCUUCCUGCAGAACGUCUAUCGCGAGGCCCGCGGCAAGGAGCUCAAGCUCGCCAGCAGCCAGUCGUGCUCGCGCCUGAUGGAGCGCCUGAUCCUGCUGUCGAGCGCCAAGCAGAAGAAGAGACUGUUCGGCGCCUUCGCCGGCCACUUCAUGACGCUCGUCACGCACCGCUUCGCGAGCCACUGCUGCGAAAAGCUGUUUCUGAUGAGCGCCCCGGUCGUGACGCAGGAGCUGAGCGGGGGAGGGGACGAGAAUGCGGAGACGGGCGAGGAAGUUACCGAGGCCAUGAAUACCUCCAUGGAAGACUUGUUCUUGCUGACGCUCGAUGAGCUGGAGGAGCACCUCUCGUUCUUACUGUCGGAUCGGUACGGCUCGCAUGCGCUGAGAGUGCUGCUGGUAGUCCUGUCUGGGCGCCCGCUCGACCAGGCAGGCACCAAGUCGCUGCUGCAGGGCAAGAACAAAGAGUACGUCACCGUCGAAGGCGCCUCGGCCGCGUCGAGCGGGCUCAAUUCGCAAACUAGGGCGGUGCCGUCAUCAUUCACGUCGGCGAUCGAGAAGAUCAUUGCCGACUCGACCGCCAACAUGGAUGCGACGGCACUUCGGGUGCUGGCGAAGCAUCCCACGGGCAACCCCACAUUGCAGCUGUUAUUGGACCUGGAGCUUUCACUGUUGGCGAAGAAGAAGAAGGGCAAUGCAUCCAAGGAGGACAAUGCCAACAAGGACGACCAGGGCCACAGUAGCGAAGUGACUCUUCUCGAACGGCUGGUCCCAGACGCUCCGGCCUCGUUCGCCGAUGAGAAGUCGCAGGCAUGCGAGUUCGUCAACAGCAUGCUCUAUGACCCCAUUGGGUCGCGCCUGCUGGAGACCCUCAUCGCCCACUGCCCGGGCAAAAUCUUCAAGGGUCUGCAGGCAAACAUCUUCGGUCCGCGGAUCCAGAGCCUGCUCCGCAACGAUAUCGCCUCGUACCCGGCCAUCAAGGUGCUCAACCGGCUGAGCAAGGAGAACCUGGCUGAUGCGGUGCAGAAAACGCUCCCAGAACUCCCGUCCCUGCUCGAGAGGGGACGCCUCAACGUCAUCAAGACCUUCUUCGAGCGCUGCAGUGUGCGCGGCGCCACCGCAGAACUCAACUCCCUCUUACAGGCGCUCACAACGGCGUGCGGCGGGAACUGGAAGUACCUGGUCCCCAAACUCUGCCCCCUCGACGAGGCGGAGCCAGCAGGGAGACCAGACGAAAAGAAGUUCCAGCAGCCCGACGCGAAGAACAAGGCCGCGCUCCUCUCGCACGGCAGUCAAGUCGCGUCAGCACUCCUCACCAUCCCAGGACAACCCUCCAAGGCCAUCCAAAACUCUCUACUCUCCCUAUCCACAGAGCAGCUUCUCCGCCUUGCGACCUCGUCAGCACCCACCGCCACGGUGCUCCUCAACGCCCUAGCCGCCCCUCCGCAGAUCCCGCACUUCCACAAGCUCCUCGUAGCGGCCAUGCUGCCCAACAUCUACGACAUCGCCGCGUCCCAGCACGGCAGCGCCGUCGUCAACGCCAUCAUCUCGGCGCCGUCCAGGGGCGAGGGCGUCGCCGUCGUGCCGUUCCACCUGAAGGAGAACAUCAUGGCGCAGCUGGAGCGCCGCGAGCGCGAUCUGCGGUCGACCUGGCUGGGGCGCAACGUCUGGCGGACGUGGCGCGGCGACCUGUGGAGCCACCGGCGGCACGACUGGGUGCGCUGGGCCAAGGAGACGGAUCCUGAGGGGCAGAGGGUUGCGGCGAUGCCGGCGGUGAAGGAGGAGAAGAAGGUUAGCGGCAAGAAGAAGGGGAACGGAAAGCCUGCAGCGGCGGGGUUGGAGGAGAAGAAGGGAAGAGGAGGGGAGAAUAACAAGAGUAAAAAGGAGAAGAAGUUUAAUGGGGCUGACGGGGAGAAGAAAAAGGGGAGGGUAAAGCUUCCAGUGGAGGCAUUGGUAGGAGAAAAGGGACAUGGCGAGAAGAAGGGGAAGAAGGCAAAAGAAGAGGAGCAUAACGAGAGCAAAAAGAAGAGUGCUGAAGGCAAAGUAAAGGAGAAGAAGAAGGAUAAGGAGAAGAGGCGGGAGUCGUUGGCGGCCGCUGCGUAGCUGCAGAUGAUGUGUAUAGCAUUUGAUGGCGGCAUGAUACCCAGGAGACCAAUGCUCAGACCAGCAGAGCAGUCUUUGAAGAAAACAAUAAAAGAAAAAAAAAUCUCGACAACAUCCAACCUGGCACAGCACCCUGCGUGUCCGGAACACAGCUCAGCCUGAGAAGCGACUCCACCGGGGCUGUGAUCGAGUGCAGC